UACCAAGAGGCUCAGGUUACCGGGAGCAGCCGCCCGGCUGGGAGGGUAACGUUACACACAGGCCGGGAGCAGCCACAUGGCACAGCGACUCUGAGCUGGAGUAUACGGGCACUGAAACUGGCACAGGAACAUCCCUCAGUCCUACAGGGGCACUGAGACUGGCACAGGAGCAUCCCUCAGUCCUACAGGGGCAUUGAGACUGGCACAGGAACAUCCCUCAGUCCUACAGGGGCACUGAGACUGGCACAGGAACAUCCCUCAGUCCUACAGGGGCGCUGAGACUGGCACAGGAACAUCCCUCAGUCCUACAGGGGCGCUGAGACUGGCACAGGAGCAUCCCUCAGUCCUACAGGGGCGCUGAGACUGGCACAGGAACAUCCCUCAGUCCUACAGGGGCACUGAGACUGGCACAGGAGCAUCCCUCAGUCCUACAGGGGCGCUGAGACUGGCACAGGAGCAUCCCUCAGUCCUACAGGGGCACUGAGACUGGCACAGGAACAUCCCUCAGUCCUACAGGGGCAUUGAGACUGGCACAGGAACAUCCCUCAGUCCUACAGGGGCGCUGAGACUGGCACAGGAACAUCCCUCAGUCCUACAGGGGCACUGAGACUGGCACAGGAACAUCCCUCAGUCCUACAGGGGCACUGAGACUGGCACAGGAACAUCCCUCAGUCCUACAGGGGCACUGAGACUGGCACAGGAACAUCCCUCAGUCCUACAGGGGCACUGAGCCUGGCACAGGAACAUCCCUCAGUCCUACAGGGGCAUUGAGACUGGCACAGGAACAUCCCUCAGUCCUACAGGGGCGCUGAGACUGGCACAGGAACAUCCCUCAGUCCUACAGGGGCGCUGAGACUGGCACAGGAACAUCCCUCAGUCCUACAGGGGCGCUGAGACUGGCACAGGAGCAUCCCUCAGUCCUACAGGGGCGCUGAGACUGGCACAGGAGCAUCCCUCAGUCCUACAGGGGCGCUGAGACUGGCACAGGAACAUCCCUCAGUCCUACAGGGGCGCUGAGACUGGCACAGGAGCAUCCCUCAGUCCUACAGGGGCGCUGAGACUGGCACAGGAACAUCCCUCAGUCCUACAGGGGCACUGAGACUGGCACAGGAGCAUCCCUCAGUCCUACAGGGGCGCUGAGACUGGCACAGGAACAUCCCUCAGUCCUACAGGGGCGCUGAGACUGGCACAGGAGCAUCCCUCAGUCCCACAGGGGCGCUGAGACUGGCACAGGAGCAUCCCUCAGUCCUACAGGGGCGCUGAGACUGGCACAGGAGCAUCCCUCAGUCCUACAGGGGCGCUGAGACUGGCACAGGAACAUCCCUCAGUCCUACAGGGGCGCUGAGACUGGCACAGGAACAUCCCUCAGUCCUACAGGGGCACUGAGACUGGCACAGGAGCAUCCCUCAGUCCUACAGGGGCACUGAGACUGGCACAGGGAUACUAUCUGUCUACUAAGGGCACUGAGACUGGCACAGGGAUACUAUCUGUCUACUAAGGGCACUGAGACUGGCACUGGGAUACUAUCUGUCUACUAAGGGCACUGAGACUGGCACAGGGAUACUAUCUAUCAACUAAGGACACUGAGACUGGCACAGGGAUACCAUCUAUCUACUAAGGGCACUGAGACUGGCACAGGGAUACCAUCUAUCUACUAAGGGCACUGAGACUGGCACAGGAAUACCAUCUAUCAACUAAGGGCACUGAGACUGGCACAGGGAUACCAUCUAUCAACUAAGGGCACUGAGACUGGCACUGGGAUACCAUCUAUCAACUAAGGGCACUGAGACUGGCACAGGGAUACCAUCUAUCAACUAAGGGCACUGAGACUGGCACAGGGAUACCAUCUAUCAACUAAGGGCACUGAGACUGGCACAGGGAUACCAUCUAUCUACUAAGGGCACUGAGACUGGCACAGGGAUACUAUCUGUCUACUAAGGGCACUGAGACUGGCACUGGGAUACUAUCUGUCUACUAAGGGCACUGAGACUGGCACAGGGAUACUAUCUGUCUACUAAGGGCACUGAGACUGGCACAGGGAUACUAUCUGUCUACUAAGGGCACUGGGACUGGCACUGGGAUACUAUCUGUCUACUAAGGGCACUGAGACUGGCACAGGGAUACUAUCUGUCUACUAAGGGCACUGAGACUGGCACUGGGAUACUAUCUGUCUACUAAGGGCACUGAGACUGGCACUGGGAUACUAUCUGUCUACUAAGGGCACUGAGACUGGCACAGGGAUACCAUCCAUCCAAUAGGGGCACUGAGACUGGCACAGGGAUCCCAUCCAACCAAUAGGGGCCCAGGAGCCCCCGCUGGCACUGUGGCCCCUCGAGCAGCUCAGACAAUGUGACUGUACCCCAGAGCUAUGUGUAGGGGCUGUCCCACCCCUGACUAGGGGGCGCUCUGUUCCUUCUGUGGGGGGGUCCCACAAGCUCAGAACAUGGAGUCGCCCCUGAACUGCUCAGCACUGUUCAACAGCCACAUUGAUACCGGUCUGGAGAAGGAAGAGGCUGCGAAGGUUCUGCAGGAGCUGUGCAAGGUGUCCUGGGCGCCACAGCGGAAACAGGUCUCUGCUGCAGUCCUGGGAAUCUCGGGGGCCCUCCUGUCAGCGGGGCUGUUACUCACUCUCUUCUUCUUCAUCUUCACCCUCAGAUUCCGCAGCAACAGGAUAGUGAAGAUGUCCAGCCCCAACCUGAACCUGGUGACCCUGAUUGGCAGUGCCCUGACUUACAUCAGCGCUUUCUUAUUUGUGGUCCAGGAGCCCAAUAUCUCCAUGGAAACCAUCUUCCAGGUGCGGAUCAGCCUGCUGUACCUGGGGGUCACGCUGGUGUUCGGGCCCCUGCUGGGGAAGAGCUGGAGGCUGCACCGAGUGUUCACUCACAGAGUUCCUGACAAACGAGUGAUUAUUAAGGACGUGACCCUGCUAAGUCUCGUGGCUGGGCUUCUGUUCGCUGAUACCCUCUUACUGCUCAUGUGGGUUCUGUCUGACCCGGUGGUCUGUGCCAGGAGCGCCAGCGCCAGCAUUAAGGCGGCUGCUCGGGGGACAUUAUACUCAGUCACCACCCAGGAUUUCUGUGCCUCCAAGUACAGCGACCUCUGGACCGGCCUCCUUGUUGGCUUUAAGGCUGCCCUGCUUAUUUAUGGCGGUUACUUGGCUGGACUGACCAAUAACAUCAGCUCUCCACCUGUCAACCAAUCUCUGGCCAUCAUGAUUGGCAACGGCCUGGUGAUGGCUGGCACUGGGGCAGUCUUCCUGGUGACUCACUUCUUCCACGAUUGGUCCAACCUGGUCUAUGCAACAACAUCAGGAAGCAUCUUGGUCUGUACAACCGCCAUCAACUGCCUCAUCUUCAUUCCACAGUUGCUCCAAUCAAGGCAGUUUGAGGAAGAGCAGGUUCAGAGCACCCAAAUGUCCAAGUAUUUCAGUAGCCCAAGCAAGAGCUUCCGCUCCAUGUACAGCGAGGAGCAGAUCUACCACCUUCUGGGGGAGAACACGUCCAUGAGAAAACUCCUGUCAGAGAAAAAUGCCAUAAUAGAGAGCCUUCAGGAGCAAGUGAGCAACGCUAAGGAGAAGCUGAUGAAGCUAAUAAAGUCCGAGUGCAGCUUUGAGACCAUCGAAGUCACCAGUCUGUCUGUUCUAUCAGCUUCGACGCUGGCCAUUCAGCACCAUGUGGCCCCUGAACAUAUGAAAACCAUUGAGGAACCUCUUGAUUCUGUAGAAAAUGCAGAUCAUGAAGCUGUAAUUAAGGAUACUCAAGAGGUUGAUAUUAAACACGACACAAAGAGUGAUGCUUUCCAGUCCCCAAAGGACCAGAAUAUACAAGAGUCAGAAGAAAAGCCUCAAGAAGGGUCACAAUGUACCAACAAGCCAAGUGGAUGUUCAGUCUCAAAACAAGAGGACAUGUCAACAUCGGACUCCAGAAGCGUAAGUUUUGCUGACAUUGUAUCUAAAAGCCAUCACCAGCACCCAGGGGAAGCAUCAGAAAGGACACAUGAUGUUCUGGAGCAAUUAUCUAGAAAAAUAAACUAUGUGAGCAGUGAGAAACUGCAGGAGAUCCUCCAGGAACUCAGCAUAGAGACCACCUGUGGCCACCAUUCUCCAAAGAGGCAGAGACGAGCAAGUCACAGUGUGAACAGGGACCCUGGUUUGGUUCCCUCAGAAGGAUUUCGAAAAAUGUGUGUCAGCUUGUCCCCUUAUAUGAUGCGAAGAAGGCGAGGGCCUGUCUACAGUCAAAGGAACCAGCACCCUUCCCAUCACUUUCCAAACGCAUUGCCUCCGCAGACAUGGUGCCUCCUAAACAAGGAAGCCAGGAACAGGUGUAAUGGGGUAAAAACAACAAGAGAUGAACGGCCAAGUCCCACAGGGGAAGAGAGAACAGCAGAGGGUAACAUAGGCCAUGGGCAUCAUAACCCCAGUCUCCUAACUAAGGCCAUGGAGCUGAGCGUUCCUGGGAGAGAAGAAAACAGGAGCAGAGUAGAUAAUGAUAUAUGGAUGACACCCAAAUACUCAUAUGCUUCAGAGAACACUCAUGGCUCUAUUCCUACAGGGAGACACUCGGAAAUACAAGCCCGGACGGUGGUGCCUUUAGCCAACCUCCGACCCCAAACUCUUUAUACAGAGACCGAUUCAAGUAGCUCUGAGGGGACAAUCUGCUACUGUCACAGGCCUUACUGUGACUUGUGCUUUGCAAAUGAGUACGACUCAAGUGACAGCUCUGAGACAGACAGCGGUGACCAACUACAUGGGUGGGCAACCCAAAAAACCCCUCCACAGUUGGUCGUCAAUUUCAAUGAAGAUCUGACACCGACUUUUGUUUAGAGUCACAGUCAUGCCUCUCCUUAGCUUCUAAGGGAACUGACCCAUAACCUACCUUCGAUGUACGGUUAAAGAGUAUAUCUAGUGAACUGACCAUUUGCUCCCUUAGCUAUGGUCCAUGCAGACCAAUUGGCCAGUCACUGUCAUCAAAUCUGGCCAAGUCCAUCCCUAAGGAGGCACCUUAUAUCAAGUUAUCCAAGAUGGAUGAACUCUCUUUUAUACAGGGAUGAGCUUCACAUGUUUUGCUGUUGUUUCUAUUGCAGUUAAUGUUUGUGACGAUUGUGAUGCUCUGCCCGUUGUAACUGUCAUGUACCCAAAAUACCUGUUUCAAUUUAAGAUGCCUAUUAGGGCUUCACUUCAACUUGGGUGUAGACUCUAGAACAGUGGUUCUCAACCUUCCUAAUGCCGCAACCCUUUAAUACAGUUCCUCAUGUUGUGGUGACCCUCAACCAUAAAAUUAUUCCUAAGACCAUCGGAAAUAUGUGUUUCUAUGGGUUCCUUCCCCUAGGCCCAUAUCUUACUGAAGAUACUAAUAUUACCCAGACGUCAAGACACAAGCACAAGCCAAUGGGUGAUAUAAUGAAGAAUCAAUAUUUUGUUGUUUUCCCAUCACCCCCUUGGGUGCCUCAGCCUCCAUUAUGAGAAUCGUUAUAUUGCAUAAUGUGAAAUGUUAUAAAUUGUUGGUAAAUUG